GGAGCAUAAACGCUGUGAUUGCGGCGCCCAGCACCGCAGUGCAGCCCGCGACGCCCCAGCCCGCCGCCAGGAUGAUGUGCGGCGCGCCCUCCGCCACGCAGCCGGCCACGGCCGAGACGCAGGAGCUCGCGGACGCGGUGCGGGCCCAGCUCGAAGAGAAGGAGAACCAGAAGUUCUCAGUGUUCAAGGCCGUGGCCUUCAGGUGCCAGGUGGUGGCCGGGACCAACUACUUCAUCAAGGUGGACACUGGGGACGAGAACUUCCUGCAUUUGCGGGUGUUCAAGAGCCUCCCGCAUGAGAACAAGCCCCUGGUCCUGGCCGGCUACCAGACCAGCAAGUCCAGGCACGACGAGCUGGCCUACUUCUAGCCCUAUGCCUCUGCCACCCUCUGUCAUCUGCAAGCCUGUGUUCGGGACCACGGCGUAAAUCGUCCUGUUGGGCCGCUCAGCCGCGUGGAGCAGCUUCUCACACUGUGGCUCCAGAAUGUCUUUGUGUGAUUUUCCCUCCCAACGAGUGAUCGUAACUGUUUCCAAGAGGCCUCUAUGUGAUCUACCUUUAAAGGUCUAUUUUUGAAGUCUUUACUGA